AUGCAUAACACUAUGAUGCUAUGGUGGAUGCUAUCGUGUAUCGUCUAAUCUAUGGGUGGAUGUAAUGAUGUAAUGACUGUAUAUAUUUCUGCAAUCUGUGGUAAGACAAUGUGAUUUGUGUUAUUUAUUAAAGAUUUAAUAAUUACCUAUAUAUUGUAAUUUGACAAAUUAUAAGAUAAGAUAUGGCUGCUGCAAGUACUCAUUUGGAUAGAGAUUUAGAUUUAUCUAAUGCCAAUAGGGGAGUUUGGUUGGUUAAAGUUCCAAAGUAUAUUGCUAACAGAUGGGAAAAAGCACCUGGAGACAUCGAAGUGGGAAAAUUAAAAAUAACAAAAACGCCUGGACAAAAAGCGCAAGUUUCAUUGACACUUUCUCCUGCUGUUUUGAAUUUAAACGAAAAUGGAGAAGAAAAUAUUCCAAAAGAUCACAGACUUGAUGUUUCCACAGUAACUCAACAAACUCUUGGAGUAUUUUCACAUAUGACUCCAACAAACACAGAUGCAGUAGUACCAGAAUCAGAAAAAUUGUUUAUGGAAGGUAGAAUUGUUCAAAAAUUAGAAUGUAGGCCUUAUGCAGAUAACUGUUAUAUGAAAUUAAAAUUAGAUUCAAUACGUAAAGCAUCUGUACCAACUCGUAAAGUGAAACAAUUAGAUAAGAUAGUCCAAAAUUAUAAACCAGUAUCUGAUCAUAAACACAAUAUUGAAUAUCAAGAACGGAAAAAGGCUGAAGGUAAAAAAGCUAGGGAUGAUAAAGAUGCUGUAUUGGAAAUGUUAUUUGCUGCAUUUGAAAAGCAUCAAUAUUAUAAUAUUAAAGAUUUGGUUAAAAUAACUAAACAGCCCAUUACAUAUUUGAAAGAAAUCCUUAAGGAAGUGUGUAAUUACAAUUUGAAAAAUCCUCAUAAAAAUAUGUGGGAAUUGAAGCCUGAAUACAGGCAUUAUAAGGAAGAACAGGCAGCUUCAGAAGUUAAAAAAAUGGAGAUUGAUGAUGAUUAGUUAUAAAGCUACAAUUAUGUGAAUGAAUCUUUUAUAUUUAUUGUUAAAUAAUUAUUCAACAUGUUUUAAAUAAAAUGAACAAAUGGGACAUUGGAUU